GUGUGUGUGUGUGUGUGUAUAUAGUGUGUUUACAGUGUAUAGUUUACAAAAUGUAUCUUUGAUCACUUUGGUCGCACCAGAGAGGUGAGCAUUGAAAAUACUGCGGAAAGGGAUGACACCUGUGUGGUAGUUCCUCAGUCCUAGAUCACGCGGGAAGGAAUACAGAGUUUGCAGGGAAAGGCACCGAAACCGUGAAGCGCGAGAGUGAAAGGCGGUGAGAGUCGUGCGCUUCAAUCGCGCUGCGAAGUGGGGGUCCAUCAGCCCUCAUGCCUGGCGACCACUGCACCAUGGAGAAGGUGGACCACAUCCUUUCGGAGUUCAGACUGGACGAGGACGACCUAAUGGAGGUGAUGAGGAGGUUGCAGAAGGAGAUGGAGCGUGGGCUGCGUCUAGAGACACACGAGGAGGCCAGCGUCAAAAUGUUACCCACUUACGUGCGCUCCACCCCAGAGGGCUCUGAGGUGGGUGAUUUUUUGGCCCUGGACUUAGGAGGAACAAACUUCCGCGUGAUGCUGGUGAAAGUGGGAGAGGAUGAGGAGAGGGGCUGGAAGGUCGAGACCAAGAACGGGAUGUACUCCAUCCCGGAGGAUGCCAUGACAGGCACGGCCGAGAUGCUGUUCGACCAUGUUGCCGAGUGCAUCUCCGACUUCCUGGGCAAACACCACAUUAAACACAAGAAGCUGCCCCUGGGCUUCACCUUCUCCUUCCCUGUGCGACAUGAGGACAUAGACAAGGGAAUCCUACUGAACUGGACCAAGGGCUUCAAGGUCUCUGGGGCUGAGGGCAACAAUGUGGUGGGCUUACUCCGAGACGCCAUCAAGAGAAGAGGGGACUUUGAAAUGGAUGUGGUCGCAAUGGUGAAUGACACAGUGGCCACCAUGAUCUCCUGCUACUACGAAGACCGCAGAUGUGAGGUUGGCAUGAUUGUAGGGACCGGCUGCAACGUGUGUUACAUGGAGGAGAUGCGCACGGUGGAGCUGGUGGAGGGUGAAGAGGGUCGCAUGUGCGUCAACACAGAGUGGGGGGCCUUUGGAGACCAUGGUGAGCUGGAAGAAUUUCGUCUGGAGUACGACCGCGUGGUGGACGAGACAUCUGUCAAUUCUGGCCAGCAGCUUUACGAGAAGCUGAUCAGCGGGAAGUACAUGGGCGAGCUGGUGCGGCUGGUGCUGCUGAAGCUGGUCAGCGAGAACCUGCUGUUCAACGGCGAGGCGUCCGAGCAGCUGAGGACCAAGGGCAGCUUUGACACCCGCUAUGUGUCCCAGAUAGAAAGUGACUCUGGGGACAGGAAGCAUAUCUACAACAUCCUGACAACGCUGGGGCUGCUGCCCUCAGAGCGAGACUGCGACAUUGUGCGUCUGGCAUGCGAGAGUGUGUCUACGCGUGCGGCCCACAUGUGCGCGGCGGGGCUGGCUGGUGUCAUCAACCGCAUGAGGGAGCGUCGCAGCCAGGAGGAUCUCAAGAUCACCGUGGGCGUCGACGGCUCCGUCUACAAGCUGCACCCCUGUUUUCAGGAUAAGUUCCACAGAGUAGUGAGGGAUCUGACUCCUCACUGUGACAUCACCUUCCUGCAGUCUGAGGAAGGGAGCGGUCGAGGCGCAGCCCUGGUUUCAGCAGUGGCCUGCAAGAUGGCAACGUGCAUGCUGACCCAGUGAGGGUGUCCAGUCGUGCCCAACAAGCAGCGAUACACACAGUGUCCUGAUCAAGGUCGGACCACCCAUGUCCCGAGAGGGGACUUCUUUUUCCAAACAGACCGGUGUGUCUCACACGUGAGCAGUGUCUUCAUGGACUUGGACAAGCACGCUUU